AAAGGGCGGGCUCGGCGCCACCGCCCGGGCUCGGCGCCACCGCCCACGCUCGCGCCUGCGGUCGGUGUCCGGCUGGGGUCGCGCUUGCCCGGCAUGAGCGCGCUCCCGGGCCAGUGACCGUGUCGGGGAUGGACUGCGGCUCCGUCGCGGCCGAGAGGGCGGAGCGCCCGCCUGGCCGCCGGCGGCUUCUGCUCCUCCUGGCCGCCGGCCGCGGUGGAGGCCCGGGCGGCCGCAGCGUCCCCGCGCGCCGCCUCCCGCCCGCGCUGCCCGGCGGGCUCGGCGCGCUGCGCCCCUGCGCCCCGGUGGCCCGCGGAGGCGCGUACCGUGCCUCCCCGCGGCUCCUGCUCCUGCUGGCGCCCUCCCCGCGCCUGGCCGCCGCCUUCGCCCCCCGCCGGCCGCUGGCAGAGCGGGAGCGGGAGCGCGCCGGUCCCUCGGCGGCCCCGUCCUGGCGCAGCGGCGCGUGGAGGUGCCUGCCGGGCCUGGCCCCGGGCGCCGCCUGUGCGGCGGGCGCGCUCCACCCGUGCCUCGGCCCGGCGGCCGCCCUCGCUUCCUGCAGGAGAGAGCUGAGCCUCUGUGCUGGGAGCUUGCAGCUGGAGAGCAAAAGGAGAGAUUUCACCUCUUCUGGGAGUAGGAAGCUAUAUUUUGACACCCAUGCCUUAGUAUGUUUACUCGAAGAAAAUGGAUUUACUACUCAACAAGCAGAAAUCAUUGUAUCUGCCUUGGUCAAGAUCAUGGAGACCAACAUGGAUAUUGUCUACAAAGAUAUGGUCACCAAGAUGCAGCAGGAGAUCACUCUUCAGCAAAUAAUGUCUCAGAUUGCUAACGUGAAAAAAGAUAUGGUUAUUUUGGAGAAGAGUGAGUUUUCAGCCCUCAGAUCAGAAAAUGAGAAAAUAAAACUUGAACUACAUCGGUUAAAACAACAAGUAAUGGAUGAAGCAAUCAAAGUCCAAACAGAUACCAAAUUAGACUUCAAUCUAGAAAAGAGCAGAGUAAAAGAAUUGUAUUCGUUGAACGAAAGGAAGCUGCUGGAAAUAAAAACAGAAAUGGUGUCAUUGCACGCCCAGCAGGAUCGAGCCAUCACACAGACAGACCGGAAGAUAGACACCGAGGUUGCUGGCCUGAAAACCAUGCUUGAGUCGCACAAGCUUGAUAAUAUUAAAUACUUAGCAGGAUCUAUAUUUACGUGCUUAACAGUAGCUCUGGGAUUUUAUCGCCUGUGGAUAUAAUAAAGUGUCUAUUUAAAGAGCAUUCUAUUGUUUUGCCUUAAGAAUACCAGAUUGCUGUGCUUUUUUUUUUCUCAUUUCAAAUUUUAAUGCUGAUUUUUUUACUUAAUGCCUAUUAUUAUUUUAUGCAAAUGAUGGACAUAUAACCAAGGCAAAGAAGUGAGAAAUUUCAUAACUGCUUCUUUCAUAUUUUCUGUUUAGUUGACUUUAUAACUCUGAGUGGUGGUGGACAAAGCAAGGAAGACCACACUCAGCUGGACCAGUGAACUUGGUCUAACCUUUGGGACAUACCAACAGGAAAUAUUUGUGUAACUCUCUACAAUUUUAAAUCUUUGUCUCAUCGAGGAUUUGGGGUCUCCAUUUAAAAGGCACAGGAGCUUUACUAAGUGUUUGAAGAAUCGUUGUAACCAAACCAGGAGGACCAAAUCCUCUUCACCUGCUGACCUGGACCCUAAUGUCAGCCAGUCUCUGUGCUAGAGGUUGUCUUUCAAGUCCAGUUGGUUGGUAGUCUCAUGCGACACUGUACUUUACACCCAAAAGAGAUUUUUUUCUUGUAAUUUCCAUUGUCUUAUUUAUUGUUCUGACUAUCUUUUAUGUGCCUUCCAGCUAGAAAAUCUUGUUGCAUAAUGAAGUACUGUGAUUAGGAUGGGGACUCUCUCCACCUCCUAGAGUGCUGAUAAUAUCCUCUCCCUCCCUCCCUGCCUCUCACUUGGUCCCUCCUCCCCACCCCCCCUUGGUGUGAGAGCUAUUAUAACGCUCCAGGUGGCACUGCCUCCCUAGAAAAGGUGCUCACUCUCAGCAUGGAAGUCUCCUUCAGUUUGUGGGACAGGGUCCUCUUCCUAAUGGCCUUCAUCGGCUUUUUAUACAAGGGAGGCACAAGGUUUAACUUCUGUAGCGAUAUCUAGAUACGUAGAUAGUGUCUGUACUUUUCAGAAAUGUCUUUAAUGAAUACGCCUUUGCCCAUUACAAGCUCAGGUCGUAGGCUUUGAAAAUUAGAGAACUGUCAUACCAGGUAUCAUCCUAAUCUAGGUUGAUUUCUUUGGUUGUUAAAGACAUUCUCGUACCGACCUUACGUCUGUAUUUAAAACAACUUCCUAGAUACAACUGGGGGUAUUUUGGAGACGCACAUUCUCAUCUUACUUGAAUGACCUGCACAUAGAGAGAAUAAGCGUUUGAGAAACCAUGGCAUUGGAUGGCAUGUUCCUGUCUUUCUCCGUGUACACACCUAUGCAUGUAAUCUGGUCCCGUGGAGAACCCACACAGAGACGUCUGGAUCAAACUGGUACAAGUACCCAUCAUCACUGUUCCGUCCACGUUGGCAAAAACUUAUUCUCUGUCCUUUGGAUGUCGUUUCUAAACUUUGUAAAGUGUCAGUCAUUGCCUUGUUUGAAACAUCUGUGUAGUGUAAAGAUUCUGAGCUCCAGCUAAGUAUGGACAUCAAGUACUUUGGCAUUAGUGGUGUAAGUUUCAAAGUGAAUGAUAAUUUAAUCUUUUUUCAGCUAGAUCCAAAAUUACGUUAACUGGCUUGUAAAAUAUUUUAUAGAUAUAUUCUUCCCCUUUCAGAGAAGGAUCUCCCCAAAAUACUGUACAUUGAACAAUUGCCCUACGUGUUAAAGAGGUAAAUAAAUGACAUCCUAUUAAGACCCCCUUUGCAACAUAGCUUUGGCUGAUAAGAGCUUGAAGGAGCCUGGAGCACAGACAGUCCUCCAAAAUAAGGAAUCCCCAAGAAGAAGAAGUACUGUAGGCAAUUCUGUUCCAAAGCAAAUAUUAACUUUUAUAGGUUAAAAACAGAAAGCGAAGUGACCUUAUAUCCAGACAAAAUAUUUUUUACAUACCAUUUCGGUUGGGUGACAUUCUGUCCUCUGCCAAAAGUAUUCCAGACGACAUUCCUGCUGGUGGUGGUGGGCUGCGUCAGUCUGUCACUUCAUUUGGGCCACUGGUGGUGCUGUAGCGUUCUCUGCCGCACAGAACAGCCCCCGCCUCGGGAACAAGGAACUCUCCUUUUGGUGGCCUGGAUUGCCUGCAUAUAUGGAGGCUAGGAAGUUCGGGACCACGUUCUCUUUAUUUAGUCAAAUGUAUUCUAUUUGAAAAGCAUAGGAGCCAAAAAUACAAGUGUACCCUUCCCAGUGCAGGCCCAGACGUCUGUGAACACGUGACUGGGACUGGACACAGUGUGACAGCUCCUGAGCUCACCUGGCUUAGAGGAUGCAGGUGACUUUAGGAAAUGCAGCAUCAGCCCUCGGAAGGGUGAGGAUGCCUGGCAUAGUUCCCAGAUACCCUGCGUCUGACACGUGGGGAAAUUAGCCAAAGCGAGGUCCUGCCAAUUACCCCUCCAGGCACAGGUGCCGAAGGCAGAAUGUCAAGUGGGCAGGAUCUGUAUUUCCUGUUCAGGCACCAAUCACUCACUUGGAAGGUUCCUCUGCCCUCCUGCCUUCUCUCCCCUCCCCCUGCUCUUUCUCUUUUUUAAAGAGUGUAAACUCCAGCCCCACUCCUUUCCUGCUGCUUUAACAAGCAAGGCUGUUUGUGUGUAUGGUUCUUUACAGGAAACGUGAAUUUUGACUUCCAUGCUGGUCUUCGUCCUCAGCUGGCUUUCCAGCUCAGCAUCUUAACAAAACUCAAAUCUGAAUGUCUUUUCCCUUAAGGAUGCCAAGUACCUCAGUGGAGAAGUCCGAAGUUCGGGAAGAAAGGCUUGACUCAAACUAGCCAACUUACUGGAAUUUGUCUCUGAACUCUUUAGAAACCAAAAUCCUGAGCCGCGGUGUCUGUGUCCCUGCCAGGGUGGGGUCCCUUUGCUGCCCGGUGGAAUGACGGGCCCUUCCCUCUGUUCCAGGCUCCUCCUUUGCAGCCUCUCCUCCUGUUCAUUAGCUGCGUCAGCGUUGUCAGGCACCUCUCUUCCUCCCCCUGAGAUGCUGUAUUCUAAGAAUGUUGGCGUCACUUCCAAAUGUCAUAUAGAUGGCACUGUGGGACUCGCGUCUAGAAAACUGGCUCUCAGCGUACAUUUAUCGAAUGUGUUGUGACUUUUCUGACACGAAAGCAAAAACAUGUUAAUCAGGAAUAAUUUAUUCUUAAUAUAAAAUGUUUGAGACUGUUUAGCUUUUUAUCGGGAUUUCAUUUGGAAAAUAUCACUUUCUACAGAUUUAUAACUUAUGGUCCUCUGAUUAUAACCCAAAUCAUUUCUUAACCCUUUCAUUACUUAAGCAAACACUCAAUUACAUUUUACUAUAUAAUAGAGUGGGCAUAAUAUUUUUAUGAUCUAAAAUAUUUAAUUCUAUGUGGCUAGUAUACUUUUCUGUUUGUUCAAAUUGAAUGUGAAAAACGAACUUCUGCCUGUGCUAUAGUUCAACUGUUAUUCCUGCCAAAUGUGUAUGUUAACAUUGGUGUGUUAUUUUAAAAAUCUAAUACCUAAACAUUUGAAUUUGCAUGGAUAUGUUUGAAAGUGAUUAUUUGAUUUACAAAAUAAAUUUUUUAUUCAAAAGGA